GGCGGAAGUUAGCAACGCAAAGCAGUAAGCAGAGAGCCCGUAUAAAAUGAAUCACUUUAGGGCUUGUAAUUGUGCUUGUUCUCCUUUUAGGACAUGUUUGUUGUGUCCAAAAGAGUAAAAAUGCGACAGUGCUGUUUUGUCUCGUUUGCGUGCAUUUUAAAGUGUAGACUAUCAAGCUAGAGUUAGCUCGUUAGCUUCGGACAAAGAGACACGGAAGUUAGCAUCACACGCUUAGUGUCGAUAUUGUGUGAAAAUGUUGUUUAAAGUCUGGUGACUGGGCAACUAGCAAAUGUUGAAAUAUAAAUAUAUGUAGUGUUAGAAAUAACAGAGUUCGAGGGGGAACUUUCUGGAACAAAAAAAAGAUGAACGAGCGACAACGUCAACUACGAGCUGCUGUUUUCUAGCUUCAAAUGGAGUCACAUGGAGCAGGUGUCAGUGAAGAUCUUCAGGAGGAGCCACGGUCCAUCCAUCUUAAAGAGGAAGAGGAGGAGUCAGAGCCGUCCCACUUUAAGGUGGAAAAGGAGGAACACAGCAUCAGUCCGGAUGAAGAGCAGCAGAAGGAGGAGGCUUUCUACAAGUUUCCGGCGACUUGUGUGAUGGUGAAGUGCGAAGAUGUUGAAGACAAAGUUCCGAGGUCCAAGAAGAAAGGGGCGGAGCCUUCAAGCAGCAGCUUAACUCCACACAUAACAGAAGCUGACUGUGGAGGAUCGAAAGCAGAAAGCCUCUUAGCCCCGCUAUCAGAUAGCGAGGACACAAUGUCACACUCUCCUGACUCUGAUGAAGAAGACUAUGACGCUGACAUGACGUGUCACACUGACAACAAACACUUUAAAUGCUCCCAAUGUGACAAAACGUUUGGCAGCAAAAGCAAUCUAAAAAGGCACAUGGGGUGUCACACGGGAGAAAAACUAUUCUUCUGCUCGGUUUGUGGCAAAGAAUUCUCCCAAAAGGGAAUCUUAAUGAGACACGCAAGAACACACACCGGGGAGAAACCUUUUUCUUGCCCGUUCUGCGCCAAAAGGUUCUCUAUAAAGGGAAAUUUGAUCACGCACACAAGAAUACACACCGGGGAAAAACCUUUUUCCUGUUCGGUCUGCAAAACAAGUUUCACCGUUCGUUCGGCGUUGGUUCAACACAUGAGAACGCACACUGGCGAGAAACCUUUUCCUUGUUCUUUUUGUGGCAAAACCUUCUCGCAGAAAGUCAGCUUGAUGACACACAUGAGGAGACACACCGGAGAGAAGGUGUUCAGUUGCGACGUGUGUGAUGAGCGAUUCUCUCAUAAGUACCAACUAAACAAGCACAAGUGUGCUGGUGAGGAAAGAGGCGCUUCUCACAGGUGUCUUAGCUUGUUAGCGGCUAACAAAGAGACGCGGAAGUUAGCAUUACGUGCUAAUUGUUGUUCUGGUGAGACAAAAAUGUGUAAAGUUCAAAGUUUGAGAGCGUUAGUGAACGAGCGACUGGCUGCUGUCGUGGAAGAAAUAUUCGUAGUGCUGGAAAGAACGAUAGCGGAGUACGAGGAGGAACUUUCUCGAACAAAAGACGAGAACGAGCGACAACGUCAACUUCUGGACGCCGUCUUGAAGCCUCAACUCGUGUUUAACAAAGAAGGCGUCCGUGAAGAAGAACUUCCCCCUGAGCAGCCGGAAGGGCGCUCCAGGGUAGAGCAUGAGAAGCCACAGACGCCCCACAUUAAAGAGGAAGAGCAAGUGUGGGCUCAGGAGGAAGCUGACAUCAGCAAGUUUCCAGUGACUUGUGUGAUUGUGAAGAGUGAAGAUGAAGCUCAGCGGCCACAGCUUCAUCACAGCCGAGGUGAGGCGAAGAGAAGAUGGGAACCUGACAGUUUCUUAGCUCCGCUGUCGGAUUGUGACGACACAUCGUCACAGUCUCCCGACACUGAUGGAGCCUGUCAAGCUGAUAUGACGUGUCACGCUGUCAACAAACAAUACGAGUGUUCCCAUUGUGACAAAACAUUUAACAGCAAAAGUCAUUUCAAGAAGCACAAGCAGUGUCACGCUGUCAACAAACACGUGAAAUGUUCUCAGUGUGACAAAACGUUUGUCAGCAAGUCAACUUUGAAAACACACAUGAGGUGUCACACGGGCGAGAAACCAUUCAGCUGCUCAUUCUGCAGUAAAAAGUUCUCUCAGAAUGGAAAUUUGCUGAAGCACACAAGAACGCACACCGGAGAGAAGCCGUUUUCAUGCACAUGGUGCACCAAGAGUUUUUGUGAUCGCUCAGGGUUGGCUCAACAUCAGAAAACGCACACCGGCGAGAAACCGUUUGCUUGCUCGGUGUGCGGCCAACAAUUCUCUAUGAAAGCAAAUAUGAUGACACACACAAGAACGCACACCGGAGAGAAACCUUUUGCCUGUUCGGUUUGUGGUCUGAGGGUGGCUCAAAAAAUUCAUUUGACGAUUCACAUGAGGAGACACACCGGGGAAAAACCUUUUUGCUGCUCGUUUUGCGACAAGAGGUUUUUCGACGGUUCGUCGUUGGUUCAACACACAAAGACGCAUACCGGUGAGAAGUUGUUCAGUUGCAAAUUCUGUAACAAGAGAUUCACUCGUAAGUUUCAGUUUCACCAGCACAAGUGUGCUGCCAGGAAGCAGCAGUAAGUGACGCUGCGGGACUUUAAAUGAGGCGUGAAAUCAAAGAGGACCAUUUGACUUUGUAACAACAUGGACACACUCCAAUUGACCUCGACCCUCACGAACUGUGAAGUCAUGUUGCACACUGAAGACCUCAAAGAGCUGAAUGGCACGAUGUCUUUAGGACAUGCAUUACAGUGUCCAUGUAAGGACACACUUUUGCCUGCCUGUGAUUGAAAACUACUGUGAAAGUAUUCUAAACAAGGUUAAAUAUGAAUGCAUAAUUUUUUUUCAUUGUCAGAUGGUUAGGAAGGUGCUAAAAAUGUUCUUAGAACUAGAACAAUCACAGUAGACAUUUAUUUGAAUUGUGUCUGUAUUUUGUAAUUUUAGGAUAGCAUAUUGUAGCCAAGCAACUAAUGGCUAUGAUAAAGGAGGUGUUGCUUUCAUUCAGUAAUGAAACUGCUGUGCCGUAAAGUGGUCUUCUCACAUGACCCAAGUAUUAGUGAUAUUAUUAUGAGCGCUAGCGCGGACAAACUACAGACCCCGUUUCCAUAUGAGUUGGGAAAUUGUGUUAGAUGUAAAUAUAAACGGAAUACAAUGAUUUGCAAAUCAUUUUCAACCCAUAUUCAAUUGAAUAUGCUACAAAGACAACAUAUUUGAUGGUCAACCUCAUAAACAUUUUUUUUUGCAAAUAAUCAUUAACUUUAGAAUUUGAUGCCAGCAACACGUGACAAAGAAGUUGGGAAAGGUGGCAAUAAAUACUGAGAAAGUUGAGGAAUGCUCAUCAAACACUUAUUUGGAACAUCCCACAGGUGAACAGGCAAAUUGGGAACAGGUGGGUGCCAUGAUUGGGUAUAAAAGUAGAUUCCAUGAAAUACUCAGUCAUUCACAAACAAGGAUGGGGCGAGGGUCACCACUUU